AUGGAACGGGUAUAAAAAUUAAAAAUUAGCUAUACCAAAAAUUGGUUGUACAAGUUCAUUUUUCACACUUAAAUGCUAGUGCAACUCAUACAAAUUAUUUUAUGCCACCAACCGUUGAAUCAAUAAAUUCAUAUCCUAUCAAAAUCUUCCAUGUGUCCAAUUUCAACGUUUCUCUAUCUCAUGACCUCAUAAAAAAAAAAAAAAAUACCACAAAAUAAAAAGUUAUUAAAUUUUAUUUAAAUAAUAAAAAAAAAAUCCCUCACUAUCAUAUGCCGCACUUUCAAAAAUUUCCGUCCAAAUCAAAUGCAAACACCAAACACUUCCCCCUCUCGCUUAUUCGAUUUAACAUUUUCUGGCCCGGAAUUGUCAACUAUAACGACGUCGUUUUGCUUACCCAACUACCACUGAAACAAACCUAACCCUAAUUCUCUCUCCUUUAUCUUCUCCGGCGCCGGCGAACUUUCCCGAUGAGAUACUCCGGCGAGUUCACGAACCAGUUGACUCGCCAUUGACAACCACCAUGCUCUGUGAGAUUCCGAGUUUCUGCAACGGAGUGUUGUUGUGGUUGCGAUGAGAGGUUCGCCUUUGAGUCGGCGAGCUGCUCAGCGAUUCCGGCAACUCGCUUUCCUAUCUGUUGGAUCCGUUAAGGUUAAGUUAUUGCUUGGAUUUUGCAUCUUCUUCACUUUGAUCUUGCUCUUCUUUCGAGCUUCCACUUUCAUUCAAUGGACUCAGUAUCACAGUUUUGUCGAUCAAUCUGAUUUGCACAGGAAGGAUUAUACACUUUUAAUUAAUACCUGGAAGAGAAAUGAUCUAUUAAAGAAAUCCAUCUCCCAUUAUGCAGCGUGUCUACGAUUGGACUCCAUACACAUUGUAUGGAGUGAGCCCGAUCCUCCAUCAGAGUCUCUCAAUCGUUAUUUAAAGCGUAUCGUGCAGAAAUACUCAAAAAAUGGCCGAAAAGUUGAACUGAAAUUCGACGUCAAUAACGAAGACAGCUUGAACAAUAGAUUUAAAGAAAUCAAGAAUCUGAAGACAGAUGUGGUCUUCUCAAUUGACGAUGAUGUCAUAUUCCCUUGCUCUUCUGUUGAACUUGCCUAUAGUGUAUGGCAGAGUGCUCCUGAUACAAUGGUUGGAUUUGUGCCACGUAUGCAUUGGCUGGAUCACUCUAGAAGCAAUAGGGAUUACUUUGAAUAUGGAGGUUGGUGGUCUGUUUGGUGGACGGGCACUUAUAGUAUGGUUCUAUCCAAGGCAGCUUUUUUCCACAAAAAGUAUCUGGCAAUGUACACAAAUGAGUUUCCAGCAUCUCUAAGAGAAUAUGUAGCUCAUAACAGGAAUUGUGAAGAUAUUGCAAUGUCAUUUCUUGUUGCAAAUGCAACUGGUGCUCCUCCUAUUUGGGUGAAAGGCAAGAUUUUUGAGAUUGGCUCUACUGGAAUUAGUAGCUUGGGAGGUCACACCGAAAAAAGAACUGAAUGCAUCAACAGGUUCGUUGCUGAGUUUGGGAAAAUGCCUUUGGUUUCAACUUCCAUGAAAGUUGUUGAUAGCCGAAAUACCUGGUUUUGGUGAUGUGUAGCUUCAUUUAAUACCUAUUCAUUUUGUUCUGCACAGUUCUGUCAAUUACUAUUUUUCUUAGGUUUGUUCUUCUUACAAUGUAUGAUAUCUGGAUACUUGAUCCCUCAAAAAAAAGGUUUGGGAUUCGUAAAAUUAAGUACAGAUCAAUCAACCUUUUUCCCUACCUGUAUAAUUCCAUCCCCGAGCAUUUUAGAUGACUGCCCUUGUGGCGGGUAUUCAGGUAAGGUUGUAGAUGCCAAUAUUGGCAACUAAGAGGGCAAUAUCCUCUUUUGAAUAUAUUCCAAGAACUUGUAUGAAAUUAAACUCUCAAUCAAUAGAAGAUUGAGACUCUUCUGUCUGGAAAAUCUCUCGCGUCGACUAAUAUGCUGAUGUGCUAUGUGUGGGGACAUAUUUGCAAUAUUAAUAUCUUGAUCAAGGAUACUUGAAAUGUAAUUUUUCUUUA